AUGGACGCCGAACCUCGCCAUGCUCCCAGAAGCACACUGCGAUGGGCACUUGAGAGCCCUGAUAGGUCGGAUUGGGACACAAGUGCGGCGUAUGAAGCCCCGCGGUCCGCCAUGGGCACCUUUUUUCCCAACCCCGCCCCCACUGUGGCGGAGCUCGUGCGCUGGCUGCCCACCCACUCGCCUCCGGAGGGGUUUACGGGGGCCCAGGGCGAAGUGGUGUUCUCUAGUGAACAAAGAACGGCCCCGGCGGAGCUUAUUCUGUGGGUUUUCGAACUCGACCAUCGCGGUGUCUCCCUCCCCUGUGAACGGGCCCUCCUUGAAUUGCCGUUCUCGGCCCAAUCGGUCAUACACCCCGCAGCCCCACACCUUCGUUACCCCCCUUGGGCAAUUCUCGUAUGGCGCAUUUACCAACAGGCGUGGCUCCAUCAGCGAGCUUGGGCGAGGGUUUUUCGGUGGGCAGCCGCUGCUGCGGAUGCAGAGAACUGGCCCGACGGCGACCUUCGCUGUCUGCUCACAAAGAUCGACGGCCUGCCCGCUUUCCACCUUGAGCUCACCCUGCAUGCUGCCACAAUCCUACCUCAAGGCCUUCUUUCGGAUGGCGCCUUCGAAGACUACCUAGGCUGCCUUCAGCCGCUGAUUCGCCGAUCGCCCAUUUCCGACCAGACGGUGCUCGCCGACACCUCCUUUGCCGCGAUGGUGGACGGGCCUGAGGAAAGCCUCGCCAUAGCGACGGUUCUGGGAGCAUUAUCCGAACCACAACAAGGACUCAUUCUGGUGCCAUGGGCCAGUGCCAUCAAGGGCCGCUGGGCCGCCGUCCGUUUCCAUAUCCCCAGCUCCCGGUACACGGUCGUCGAUCCGCAUGCUGGUUCCGAACAGCUGAGUCCAGAGAUGGAAGCCUUCGUUCAUCGCACGGGGCGGGCAAUCGACAACCACUUGGGCCGGUGUAGCAUUCGAUGGGCCCAGGAGGAAUCGGCGAUGGCGACGCACCUCCCGUCUGGCACGAUGGAGUCCUGCGCUGUGGUCUACAACUCCCUCGAGCGGCUGAUCUGCCCCAGCGUCGUCCCGUGGGAUGCUGCGAAAGCGGGAUGGCACCGCGGAAAAAUGUUCAUGGCUCUGGUUGGCCUCUGGGAAACGAACGGGCGCCCGCUGCGAUGGCCUGGCCGAUGCCCACCGUGUGACAUCACGACAGAGCUUCGCAGAUUCGACGACCCAUUUACAGAGCACAGCGCCAAAAGCGACAUCCUCACACCAAGCAGUGCAAUCGCUUCCGAACGCAGUGCUCGGCCUUGCGAUCCUCGAGAUGCCCAGCAGCCUUCAACCGGCAGUAGCCAACCAGGCCGCCGAACACCACCGCCUGCCCUCCAGUCACGCCCUGCAUUGCCCACCUCCCUUCCCGCGCACUCACCCGCACUUCCGUUGCCCAGCAGCUCAAACGCGGAGCUAGUUUGGGCGAUCCCUCAGCCACAGCACCCAGGGCCUGCUUCACGUGCUGGCCUCUUCGGUCCUGGCGGCGCAGACGGCUUGGGCCCACUGGGAGCGGGCACUGGAGUCACUGCUUUUGCCAGGGGCCACACGGCUGUGGAGGCCGCCUCUGUGGCGGAACAAGAAACGGGGCAAGUGGGCCACGUGCGCCCCUAUGGCCUCGGCGCAUCGCCGUUCUGGCCCAGCGCAGACACAUCUGCAGGCCCUGGGCUAUGGCACGGCGGAAUCGCAAACGGGGCAAGCCGCGGGGGCACAAGCCGGCCCCUCCUUUUCGCAGAUGACACCUCUGGGGCCUCUACGGCUGCGGGCAAUGCUGGCCUGCUGGGGCCGGCAGCAAUGAGCCAUUUGCUGCCCGACCUCUCAGCGCUGCUCAAGACGCGCCCCGCCGGAUGGCAGCUCCGAACGCAAACCCCCGUGCAUUCCCGGUCGCCUGAGGUGCUCCGCGCGGAGGGCAGAGGUCCCCCACAGCAGGCCAUUGGGACCGUGGGCGAGGAGGCGCCAAAUCAAGACCAUCCGAAAGGCCCCGCAGGCCCCAGCGGGCCUGUCCUGCACGCUGCUCCAUCGGCCAAGAGACGACGCGAAGAAGACAGCGACCCGGGGGCAAGCGGUCGUGAGGCCCGCCCGCCCGCGUCGAAGAAGCCACAUGGCGAUGCGCAUAGCGCGAUGACACUGCCCCCAAGGCAGUCAAGCGAGCCAUCCUCCGCAAGCCAGCUGGGAGGCAACCAAAUGGCGGGCGCCCGUUCGAUCGAGAGGGCGGACAGCAGCGAUGGCGAUGUCGCCUCCGUCUUUCUGAUGCGACACCUGGGCGGUGUGAGGACGAAGGUGCUUCUCGCCCGAAGCAGACUGGAGCGGGCCGUGGAUAGUGGCGACUGUGGCGUCGUGGAGCAAUGCGAUCUGCUGCUCGAGCAGGCCUUGGCUGGCCUCAAAGUCGCGAAGGCCUGGGGCCACGAUGCCCCGUAG